GGGGGUCAAGGUCCUCCCUAUAUCCCCCUGUGACCUGAUAUCGGAGGAUUCCUCGGUUGUGUUUGUUCCCAUCUUCAGUCAUGAGACCCUUCCUCUUCGGAAUACUUCUGACUUCUAUGUCAAUUCCGUGCUUUGCUAGAAUAUCCGAUUUAGACAUUGAAUGGGAAACGUACAGACAGCAAUACCGGAAGUGGUAUGUUUCGGAAACGGAAGAGACGAAAAGGCAAAUUUGGAAAGAAAAUCUUGAUUUCAUCAACCAGCAUAAUGAAAAAUUCGAUAAAGGGGAAAAGUCAUAUUUCAUGGGACUGAACUCAUUCAGUGACUUGAGCCAUAAAGAGUUUCUCCAGCAGUUCGCUGGAGGAUUCAUAUCCACCUCAGACACGGAUAUUACAUUUACUUCCGGUCCAUCAAUAGACACUUCCGGUCUGCCUUCGGAAGUAGAUUGGAGGAAAGAAGGGUGGGUUGGACCAGUUGGAAAUCAGUUUGCAUGUGGCUCCUGUUGGGCCUUCACCGCUACUGGGGCGCUUGAAGGUCAGGUGAAGAACAAGACGGGCAAGUUAAUUGUGCUGUCUGUGCAGCAACUUAUGGAUUGCAGUGAAAAAUGGGGUAACCAUGGUUGUGAAGGCGGUAUGAUGGACUCUGCCUUCAAAUACGUUAAGGAGGUCGGUGGAAUAGAGAGUGAUGCUACAUAUCCGUAUACGCCUAAGGAAGAAUCUUGUAAGUUCAACAAAACUGCAGUCGUAGCCACAGUUAAGGGUUAUAAGGACGUCCCAAAAUCUGAACAGAGUUUAAUGGUUGCCGUAGCUAUCGUGGGUCCUAUCUCGGCUGCUUUAGAUGCGACCCAAAGAUCCUUUCAGUUGUACAAAGGCGGGGUGUAUGACGAACCCAACUGUAAAUCACAAGUAGAUCAUUCCCUUGUUAUAGUCGGGUACGGUGUUCUGGAUGGUAAAAAAUACUGGAUUGCUAAAAACAGCUGGGGUACAUCGUGGGGAAAUAAAGGAUACAUAUUGUUAUCAAAGGAUAAAAAUAACCAAUGUGGUAUAGCCAACAGCCUUAGUUACCCCAUUAUGUGAUGAAAAU